AUGAGGACGGCCUUCCCGGCUCAGAGGUCUCUGGUGGCAAGGCCUGGCGUGCUGGUUGCCCGUCCCCAUUCGGCUACGCUUACAGCGGGGCCCCUGGAGGCGUCUGGCCAGCUGCAGAAUCAGCGCAAAGUUGCCAUCUUCGUCGAGCCCAGCCCGUUCAGCCACAUCUCUGGUAUGAAGAACCGCUUUGAAUCGCUGAUUAAGGGGCUGCGCGAGGCCGGCGACGAGGUCAUGGUGGUGACGCCGGACCCAACGCCGCCAAAAGAGUUUUGCGGCGCCAAG